GCGUGUUGUGGUUGCGCACGCUUGUCUGCUAUGCUUAAGAAGGAUGGCUUCGAUGUCUUGCCACUAGAUUGCGAGGGCAACCGACACAGGUCGGAACGCUACCCACAGGGCUUUCCGUGGUUGAGUGGCACUUGGCGCGAUAAAGUUGAGAGUGCAAACUUGAUUUAUCUUCAGAUGGCACGCUUCUGCGAGUGGCUCUCUUCCUUGAACAUCAGUUGGAGUGUUGAGAAUCCUGAGCGCAGCUACAUGUGGCUGCUGCCGGAGUGGAAGCAUUUGCGCUCUCAGUGUCUUGAUGUUGUCUUUGACUCUUGCAUGUGGGGCUCUUGCCGCAAGAAAUCAACUCGAUUUCUCACCACCUGCGUCGAGAUGCUUUCCUUGGCAAAGACUUGUGGCAAUAAGCAUUCGCGUGCGAGUUGGCAGCCCGUUAGGAACAAGUAUGGUGUCCAAUACGCCACCUCUCAGGAGGCUGCGUACCCUCAUGAGCUUUGUCAGGCCAUGUCAUCAGCUUUGCAACUUCAGGCUGCGUCUUUCAACUUGGAGAUUGUGCGUGAGUGUCCUCUCGAACAGUCGUCUCAUGCAGCUGCUGCCUCUGCCCGGCGGCAGCCCAAGCUCUCCAAGUACAAGCCGCUUCUUGAAGACUUUAAGUAUCGUGUGACAGUUGCAGUUGAUUCUGUCGAGCAUUUGAUUUUGGAGAUCGUUGCCUCUCUUCUUUCUAGUAGCCCUGUGGACAUACUGAGGCUGAUGAAGAUCGCCUUCAUGAGAGUCUUGAUCCAGGUGGCUGCCUCGCUGGGUUGGCCAGACGAGGCUCUUCAUGAUGAGUUGGUUCGUGGCUUUCGCAUUACAGGGCUGCAGGAUGCAAGUGGUGUCUUUGGUCUUGAUCCUCGGCCGGCUUCGGGUACCAAGGAGGAUUUGCUGAAGCAGUCGAAGCAUCUCAGGCCGGCUCUGUGGGCGAAGAUCAAAGGAGCCCCUCUGGACUCUCUGGGGCGCGAGCUGUGGGACAUUACUUAUGCUGAGUACCGAGAUAAAUCUUGGCUUGAGGAGCCGAGGACUUUCUCUCAGCUUGAGCAAAUGCUGCCGGAGGGUUGGGUUCCGACUCGCCGCUUUCCUGUGGUACAGCAUGACAAGCUGCGACCGAUAGAUGACUUGACAGAGUGUGGGACGAAUGGGGCGUGCAGUACUCUUGAUAAGCUUGAUCUUCGGGCCCUGGACGAGACGGUCUUUACGGCUAUGCUGAUCAUGCGCUGUCUGGAGUCCCGUUGCUUUGCUUUGAGGUUGGACGAUGGUCGCGUUCUUCGAGGGCGCGUUCAUCCUUACUGGCUGCAGCAUCCAGACAGGGCUCGUGUUCUCGUUAAGACGGUGGACCUUAAAUCUGCCUACAAACAGCUUGCACUGCAUCCGGAUGACAGGAGGUUCAGCGUGAUCUCUUUGAAGGAUCCGGCCGAUGACGAGCCCAAGGGUUUCUUGUGUCGGGUGUUGCCUUUCGGCAGCAUCGCAAGUGUUGGACAUUUCAACCGGGUGGCGCGGUUGGUGCAACGAAUUUUUCACGAGAUGAAAUUGCUUGCUGCAAAUUAUUUUGAUGACUAUCCUUUGCUGGAGGUGGCUGAGCUAAGCCAGAACGCUGAUCGGUGUGCCAAAGCAGUUCUUGACCUUUUCGGUUUUACGUGGGCCAAAGACAAGGAUGAGGCCUUCUCCCCUUGCACUGAUCUUCUUGGUGUCAGGCUGGCCACCUCUACUUCUGGUCCUGCUGCUGUCACGCUUUCGAAUAAGCCAUCGCGAGUCGAAGACCUUCGCAGUGCUAUC